AUGACCGAUUUUUCAUCAAACAAAAUCUUUGCUCCAAAGACUGAUGGAAAUGUCGAUUUGAGUACAAUAACCGAGUCGAAUGCCGGAACAGUCUUUGGUUUAUUUAUUAAUAAUUUUAAACAGGAUAAUCAAUAUAUUUAUAAGGAUCAAAUGAGGUCUCACUUUGCUAAUGGGCUCUACUAUUUAGAAGUUGAAUUGUUGCACCUCUCGGCAUUCAAUGAUAAUUUACAUAAUGCCAUCAUUAACACACCUAAUACAUAUAUUCCUUUGGUAAAAGAAGAAUUUAAAGAAUUUUUGAAGGAUAUUCCUUUUCAAGUCACAUUCAAAUGGUCAAUUGCAAAACCUAUUAACAUUAGAGAUUUGAAAGCAGAAGACGUUGGUAAAGUUGUUUGUGUGAAAGGAAUCAUUAUUAAUAAUUCUAGAGUGAGUGUAAAGAUUGAAAAGGCCUAUAUUAGAUGUUCUCUUUGUCCUAAGGAAGAAAUCAUUCAUGUAAAUCCAGGUUUUACUGGAAUAACACUUCCAACAAGAUGUAACAAUGAAGGUGGAUGUAAAGGAUCUUUCAGAGUAGUACCUGAUAAAUGUAAAUAUUACGAUCAACAAACACUCAAAUUACAGGAAAGCCCUGAAACUGUAACAACAGGUGACAUGCCUAGAACCAUUUUAAUGUAUAGUGAUAGAUAUCUUGUUGAAAGAACGCCACCAGGUACAAGAGUCAAUGCAGUUGCAAUUAUGAGUACAUUCCACUCUUCUGGAGCUAAGAAAUCGGAUUCUAAUAUUUCACAACCUUAUUUAAGAGUAAUUGGAUUUGAAAUUACAAAUGAUGGUUCUGGUAGAUCAAGGAUUGAAUUUUCAAGCAGUGAGGAAAAUGAAAUGAGACAAUUCGCCAAACAAAAGAAUCUCUACAAGAAUAUUGCAGAAUCUAUUGACCCUGCCAUUUAUGGUUGCGAAGAUAUUAAGAAGGCUCUUGCUUGUCAAUUAUUUGGAGGUUCUGCCAAAACGCUCAAUGAUGGUAUUAGAAGAAGAGGUGACAUUAAUGUUUUGCUCCUUGGUGACCCUUCCACUGCCAAAUCUCAAUUACUGAAAUUUGUGGAAAAGGUUGCCCCAAUUGGAGUUUAUACAAGUGGUAAAGGCAGUAGUGCUGCUGGUUUAACUGCUUGUGUUAUUAAGGAACCUGGAACAGGUGAAUUCUAUUUGGAAGGAGGGUCAAUGGUUCUGGCUGAUGGUGGUAUUGUCUGUAUUGACGAAUUUGACAAGAUGAGAGAACAAGACAGAGUUGCUAUUCACGAAGCUAUGGAACAACAAACUAUUUCAAUUGCCAAAGCUGGUAUCACAACUGUAUUGAACAGUAGAACGUCUGUUUUAGCAGCUGCCAACCCUCUCUUUGGUAGAUAUGAUGAUUUCAGAUCUCCAGCUGAACAAAUUGAUUUCCAAACUACUAUCCUUUCAAGAUUUGACAUGAUAUUUAUUGUGAGAGAUUUGGUGGAUAAAGACAGAGAUCAGAGAAUUGCCAAUCACGUUCUUAAUCACAAGCGUGAUAGCACUAAGAAUACACAAGACGAAAGUAGCAUCUACAAACUCAAGAGGUAUAUUGCCUUUGCUCGUUCAUCUUGUUCACCUAGAUUGAGUGAUGAUGCCUCUGAAUUUUUAUUGAAUUUCUAUGUACAACAAAGAGAAGCCAGUAAGACUGAAGACUCUAUUAUUCCUAUAACGGUAAGACAAUUGGAAGCCUUAAUUCGUAUUUCAGAAUCUCUUGCCAAAAUGGAACUUGCUGAUUCAGCCACUCUCAAACAUGCAGAAGAAGCAGUGAGAUUAUUCAAGAGCUCUACAGUCGAAGCCAUCAAUAGUCAUGGUUUGGGUGGAGAACUUGCAUUAGCUUCCAUGUCAAAAGAUUUACAAAAUAUUGAAAAUGAAAUCCUCAAAAUUACUCCUAUCGGUCACACAACACAAGUUGAAGCCAUUGUUAGUAAUUUGGAAAAUGCUGGUUUCAAACGCCAUCUCAUUGAAAAGGCCAUAUUUGUUAUGUGUCAAAGAAAAGAUAUGGAAUAUAAGGCACAACGAAGAUUCAUCCAAAGAAAUAGAUAA